UGUAAACAAACCCUGGAUAAUAUUGGAAGUUUGUCCCCGCACCACGAAAAUAUCCUAUCCUUAAAAAAAUUAGUCGGAGUAGCUAUAGUUCUUUUAAAAGUGUAACUACAAAAUACACGAAACGGUUUCAUCUCAGAGAAAAACUUGUUCCUGUUGUCAAGUGUGAGAAACCGAGAGAGAACAGCUGCAAGACGAUUGUUGUUUGUUUGGUUUGGAUCCGUCCGAUGGUUUCUUGCUGAAAAAGUGACAAAACAAGCUAUCCCCUACGAUUGAGCAAUUUACCGAUGCAGUUGACCUAUCCAACGGUAGUUUUCUGGUCACAUAUUCGUUAAAAUUAGGUCUUCCAUUGAACAUCCGAUAACUACGUUAGACAUGGUGAAGCUGACAAAGGCUAAGACGUUUCAAGCGUACCUAGACUCGUGCCACCGCAGGUACAGCUGUGUUCACUGCCGAGCACACCUGGCCAACCAUGAUGACCUCAUAUCCAAGUCUUUUCAGGGUAGCCAGGGUCGUGCCUACCUCUUCAACUCUGUGGUGAAUGUGGGCUGUGGUCCUGCCGAGGAGAGGCUGCUACUCACUGGGCUCCACGCUGUGGCAGACAUCUACUGUGAGAGCUGCCACACCACACUGGGCUGGAAAUACGAGCAGGCCUUUGAGUUGAGUCAGAAGUACAAGGAGGGGAAGUUCAUCAUUGAGCUGUCCCACAUGAUAAAGGACAACGGCUGGGACUGAGAGGUGAAGGGAGAUGUUUUCAUUGAUGUUUCGUCCCUCAUCCGUUGUUCUUCCUGGCCUGAAUGUGUGUCCCCUCACCCUGCGUAAGGGCCAUCAUCUCUGCCACUCCGUCACUUCAUACAGCUUUGCCAAGAAUAGCAUGUGAUGUUUGUUUUUAUAUAUAUAUCUAUAUACACACGGAGUAUUCCAAACAUUAGGAACACCUUCUUAAUAUUGAGUUGCACCCCUCCCUUUUGCCCUCAAAACAGC